AUGGCUUUGGCGUCCCAAGCCGCUUUGUUGGAUGAAUUACUGGGGAAGAACCGGGAUGCCAUAGAUAGCGACGCAAUGAAAGGUCCGCAUUGGUCGGAUGAAGAUAUGUGUAGAUAUUUUUUGUGUGGGUUUUGUCCUCAUGAUUUGUUUGUAAACACGAAGACGGAUCUGGGUCCGUGCGAUAAGAUGCACGACGAGCGGCUUCGCGAGAAUUACAGGAAGAGUAACCGAUUUGAAAAAAUGGGUUAUGAAGAGGAGUUUUAUCGUUAUUUGUGCUAUCUUCUCGAAGACGUUGAUAAACGUAUUCGCCGUGGUCAUGAGCGCCUCUCAGUGAAUAAGGGAGCUGCCCCAGCUGACCCUGAGGCAGCAGCUGAAAAGGCCGAUAAGAUUGCCUCGUUGACUAGGCGAAUCAAUGAUCUUGUUGAGCAGGCAGAGCAAUUGGGCACAGAAGGCAAUGUUGAUCAGGCCCAAGGCGUGCUCAAGCUUUGUGAACAAUUGAAAUUCGAAAGGUCUCAACUCGAAGGCGAUACCCGGCCAGGAGCUGGCCAGUCUAAGGAGUUGGAGGUUUGUGAGAUUUGUGGAGCCUUUCGAAUAAAAGACGAUGCGCCCCAACGAGUGGAGGAACAUCUUGCUGGGAAAAUGCAUCUCGGUUAUGCGAAAAUUCGUGAUUACGUAAGGGAGUACGGGGAAAAACGGCUGAGAGAAAGAGAGAGGGAGCGUGAGGCGAGGGCCUCUCGCCAACGAGCGUCGAAUUGCUCCUGGAUGAUUAUAUCGGCACCGACUUAUCAGGCCAUUCGGUCGGUCCAGAAUGGGAGGCGUCUCUUAAUUGAAGUUAAACAUUUCUGCAAGAGCUUUCCCAAGAUUUCGGGUUUUUAUAACAACAGUGCGUUCGUAGUAGGCCGGACAGUGACUGGAAGAUCUUCCAAGCAUAGGGAUCGGCAUCAUCAUAGUGGGAGUCACCAUCGCUCAGGUCAUGGUGAUAAGCGACGCCGCGAUCGCUCAAGAUCUCGCUCUCAUUCUAAAAAACAUCAUGAUCGGCAUCAGCGUCGUCAUAGCGAACGUAUCUCGCAUAAGCCACCAAAAAGGACUGUGUCCCCUUUCAGCGCCGCUCGCAGGCCCCCAGAGGGCGCCGAAGAUGACUAA